AUAUAUUUUCUUGGAUUUUAAGUUUUGAUUCAAAUAAAAGUUGUUUGGCAUCUAGUCCAACUGGCACUAAAAAUUACAGAGACCGCCGUCUAUCAAACAGAAAACAUUUCACCAUCUUCUUCCACGUAGCCAAGUACGUGCCUCGUUGUCACUCCAUCACCAAUAACAAAACCUCACGCCCCAUACACACAUCCAAAUUGGCAUCAGAACCAAACCCCAAAAAAACCCUUCAAACCCUCUCUCAACCCAGUUUUCCAUCCAACGGAAAAAACCAACCACCACCCAAAAGUCCCAACAAUGAGCAGCAGCAGCUUCACCAGCUUCUACGAGACUUGGUUCGAGCAGCUCCACAACCUCGUCCACCAGCUCUCCACCUGUCCCAGACCCCCCACCACCCCUGACCACCACCACCACCUCCUACACGUCGUCCAGAAAGUCAUGUCCCACUACGACGAGUACUACCGAGUCAAGGCCCUGGCCGCCGAGCGCGACGCCCUGGCCGUCUUCGUCGCCCCGUGGGCCACCACCCUCGAGCGCUCCCUCCACUGGAUCGCAGGCUGGCGCCCCACCACCGCCUUCCACCUCGUCUACUCCGAGUCCUCCAUCCACUUCGAGGCCCACAUCGUCGACAUCCUCCGCGGUUUUAGCACCGGAGACCUCGGGGACCUCUCCCCCUCCCAGUUCCGCCGCGUCAGCGAACUCCAAUGCGAAACUGUGAAAGAGGAGAAUGCGAUAUCGGAGGAGUUGUCGGAGUGGCAAGAGGGGGCGAGUGAGCUGAUGGGGGCAUGCACGAAUCUGGAUAUGAAGAUGGGUCGGCUGGUGACCGUGUUGAAGAAGGCUGAUAAUCUGAGGCUGAGAACGGUGAGGAAGGUGGUGGAGUUGUUGACACCACAGCAGGCUGUGGAGUUUUUGAUUGCUGCUGCUGAGUUGCAGUUUGGGGUCCGUGGCUGGGGAAUGAAUCAGGACCGUCAACGUGGGAAUGUCUGAUUUUUCUGGUCAUCGUGAUUGUGAUCGGACGGUGGUUAUUGUUCGUUGGCGGAUGUCAAUUGGGUAUGCGUUUGUACUUUGUUUGCAGCUAUGCAGGUUGUUUAAAAUGUUUCUUUUUGUUUAACAAAAUGGAUAUUGUUGUGUUUCGUAUCAUCCAUCAGCACCGUUGGAUAAUAAAAGACUCGCACUAGAUGCACCGUUGGAUCUGUUUAAUUGAAUGAUUCGUACAAGGAAAACAAGAUGAAAAUGAAACAAAGGAGACAAAAAGCUUCGUCAAAGGGCAAAGUUGAUGGCAGUUAAAGUUACAUUUCGACGUGUCUUCGUAUGAGCGUCCAAGGCCAUGCAUGCGGACACUUGUAUUUUUUGCAUGGAUGACGUGUCGUGCUGAGGGCACUCUCUGCACUGCCUCUCAAUAACAAGAACCACGAUUUCACCUCAAAAAUAAAUAAUCAUUUUUGUUCUUUUUCACAAGAAAAUAUUCCAACUUAUUUUC